CUGUUGUGGCUUCCUGCGAUUUACAGCCCUUCCCGGGGGGAAGAGGAGGCAGGAACCGGCCUGGCUCAGGGCUGGCUUUGACCCUUUCACCACCAGCAGAGAAGGUGCCAGAAGGAUCCUUCCUCCCUCCUCCUCCCUCGCUGGCCAGGGCAGGAUCCUGGGGAAGGGGAUCGUGGGGAGCUCCUGCUCCUGAGCUGCACCCGGCUUCUUGGGGUGGAUGUAGAAGGAGAAGCUGCUGGAGUGGAUGUGAUUUCCCUGUGCCAUUCCCGAUGCCCCGUGUGCUGGGGGGACAGAGGGACUCAGUCCUGCCUGGGAGGAGGCAGAGAUCUCUGCUGCGGAUCCCAAAAUCCCAGCCAGGCUCCUGUAAGGAGGUGGAGGGAGAAGAGCUGGCAGAGGUGAGCUGGAGCUGCAGGAGAAGGAGAGUUAAUGCUGGCUGGGCAGGGCCCCAGGGUGUGAAGGCUGCAGCCGGGGCAUGGGGGUCAUGCUGUCAAGGUGGGUUCCUGCUGACGGAGCUGGGCUGGCAGGGGUUAAUGGGGUGGCUCUUCCUCAACCUCUAUAUGAGGCUCCCGCUGGCUCUGGGCUCAGUUUGCUGCCGGCAGCCAGAGGAGCAGGAGCUGAGUGAGACCAGAGCAUCCCUGCAUCCCAUCCCUGCAUCCCUGUGUGGGCUGAGGGCCAAAUCCAGGAGCCAAGUGAAGCUUCGGGAGCCUCCCCAGCUGCAGCACCGGACCUCCCCCAGCCACUCAGGGGGGAGCAGAGCGACCAGGGGUGUCAUUUUGGGGCUGGGGGGUGAUGGUGCCCCUGGGCAACCCUCCUCUUGCCAUCUGCGCCUCCAGCAACCUGCGCCUCGUGGCCCCUGGCCGCGGUUCCCCCCUGGCCUGGCUGAACCGGGGUCCCGAGUGCCCGCGGGAGCCGGGGGACGGGGGGGGGCGGACGCCCAGCGCCGUGGAGCGGCUGGAGGCCGACAAGGCCAAAUACGUCAAAUCCCAGCAGGUCAUCAACAGCCGUCAGGAGCCGGCACUGCGGGGCUGCUCGCCCCGGCUCUCCCCCCGCGGACGGCGCCUCCUCGCCCGCCAGCAGUGUAAUGAGUUGUGUCAAGGCUCGGAGCUGAACCGGGAGGGUCCCAGGAAGCUGCCGUGCCCCCAGUCCCCUGUGUCACGCCGGACCGGCAGCAGGCGCCUGCUGAGACCCGACUCCCUCAUCAUCUACCGGCAGAAACGGGACUGCCCGGGUGGGGACAAGGAGAACACCAAGGGCUCCGGGCUGGUGCGACGCCUCUUUCAGGGACCCCUCAGAGACAAGCCCCCCAGCUCCCCCCCGGCCAGAGGGCUGGGCGAGGGGCCACCAACCCCACAGAGCCCUGAGACUCCCAUGGUGUGGGUGCCUGCGGAGAAGGAGGAGGCGAGGACGCCAGGUGCUGGCAGCGGCGGUGGCAGUGGUGGCAUCUUCCCUCUGCCUGGCAGCCCCAUGGCGCAGCCCCCCCGGCCCCCCAGCAAGCAGGCGCUGGCUCUGCGUGUCUCCUUGCCGCUCUCAGAGCAGGAACGGUUCUUCAACUACUGCGGGCUGGACCGGGCGCUGGUGGAGCUGCUGGGGCGGGAGCGGUUCGGGCCGGCGGGCUGGGAUAACGCCUCGGCUCGGCUCCCCGGCUCCUGCGAGUCGGAGCCUGGGCAGGCCUCGGGGGGCAGCGAGGGGGACGCAGGGCCGGGUGAGGAGGAGCCGGCUACCCGGCUGGGUUCCACCGUCUCAGUGGUGGAACGCAACGCCCGCGUCAUCAAGUGGCUCUACGGCUGCCAGAGAGCCUGGGCGGCCGCCAAGGAAUCCACUGUCUGAGCGGAGGCAGCUUGGCUGGGGACAGGGACCCUCCCCACUGGCUGGAUGUGGCCCCUCACCCUCGCUGGCUGUGGCCAGUGGGCCAGUGGCAUCCACGGUCCCCGUGCCAUGGGGCUGCCGGUGGCUGGGAGAGCCACCAGGUCUACCCCAGCCCCCAGGCUGAGCACGGUGGGGUCACCUGAGGGGGGGCUGGUGGGGAAGGGGCUCCCCUGGGUGAGUUUCUCCUUGGCCCCAGGGCUGCGCAGGCUGCUGUCCCCCUGCUGUGACCCACCUUCUCCAUCCUCCCUGUCUCCAGCCCAGGGCCACUCACAUCCUGCCCCAGCUGCAGGUUGGGGGGGGUGGGCAGAUCCCAAGCCCCCCGUCACGAGCAGCGUCCACCCCACUGCCCCCUCAUCUGCAGAAAAAGGGCUGCUAGGGCCAGAGCAGCACUCAAUAAACCUGUUUUUUUGUUUGUUUU